AUGGUCACUGCAUUGACGGCGAAGAACAAAGUUGGGAUGAUUGAUGGCACGGUGCCAAGGCCACCGGAGAAUGAUCCAAACGGGGCGAAAUGGGAUGUCUGCAAUGCCUUGGGAAAUGAAACAAGGAUUUACCAAUUGAAAGCAGAAAUCGACAAUUUGAAGCAGGAGGGGAUGUCUGUGACGAAGUAUUACUCACGACUCAAAACACUUUGGGACGAAUUGGAUAAUUACCUAGAGAUACCGACGUGCACUUGCUCUGCCACCAAGUUGUACACAGCGCAAAGAGAAAGGGAGAAGACCCAUCAAUUUCUGAUGGAUCUAGGGUCGGAAUCCGCGACUGUGAGGUCUAAUAUCCUCAGCCAUGAGCCGCCGCACUCCCUGAACAAAGUUUAUGCCCUAAUUCUGCACGAAGAAAGAAAAAACAUCGUGACUCAAUUUCACGAGAACGCUACACCAGAUGGAGCGGUAUUCUUUGUUGAUCCGUACAUCACAUGUGAUGUCCUUUCCUAG